AAGGCGGCAGGCUCUCGGUGCUUGAGUUUUCCUUCCCCUGUGUUCAUCCAGCACCUGAGAAGGCACCGUGGGGUUCCCUUGCAUCCUCCACCACCCGAAUUAUGGCUGCUUUGCGGUCAUACCGCUCACAGGCCCGCAGGCUGGCGCCCAUGCGGCUCUAUACCCUCUCCAAGCGCCACUUUGUCCUGGUGUUUGUCGUCUUCUUCAUCUGCUUUGGGCUGACUGUCUUCGUGGGCAUCAAAGGACCCAAAGUGAUCCAGACUUCUGCAGCUAAUUUUUCACUGAAUAAUAGCAGAAAGCUAAAGCCGAUUCAGAUACCUUCAAAUCCACUGUCGAAGUAUAAUCAGCAGCUGUGGCUGACAUGUGUGGUUGAAUUGAAUCAGUCAAAAGAAACCUCUAUCCAGACGAGCUUUCCCUUAACCGUGAAGGUGGAUGGUGUCGCUCAGGAUGGAACCAUGAUGUACAUUCAUAACAAAGUCCACAAUCGGACGAGGACGCUCACCUGUGCAGGGAAAUGCACAGAGAUGAUCGUGGCUCAUCUGGGCUACCUAAACUACACGAAGUACACGGUGACCGUGAGCUUUGAGCACCUCAAGCUGCCCGUCAAGGAGAUCCACUUCACGUGGAAGACUUACAACCCCGCGUUUUCCCAGCUGGAAGUCUGGUUCCGAUUUGCCUUCGUGGUGCUCACCUUUGUCAUCACGUGCCUGUUCACACACUCACUGCGCAAGUUCUCCAUGCGGGACUGGGGGAUCGAGCAGAAGUGGAUGUCCGUUCUCUUGCCCCUGUUGCUGCUGUACAACGACCCCUUCUUCCCGCUCUCCUUCCUGGUGAACAGCUGGCUCCCUGGCAUGCUGGACGACCUCUUCCAGUCCAUGUUCCUGUGUGCCCUGCUGCUCUUCUGGCUGUGCGUGUACCACGGCAUUCGGGUCCAGGGAGAAAGAAAGUGCUUAACUUUCUAUCUGCCGAAAUUCUUCAUUGUUGGGCUGCUGUGGCUAGCAUCUGUGACUCUGGGAAUAUGGCAGACUGUCAAUGAGUUGCAUGACCCCAUGUACCAGUAUCGUGUUGACACGGGCAACUUUCAGGGCAUGAAGACAUUCUUCCUGGUGGGGGCGGCUGUGUACGUCGCAGCCCUGCUGUUCCUGGUUGUUCGGGCCUGUUCUGAGCUGCGCCACAUGCCGUACGUGGAUCUCAGGUUGAAGUUUCUGACAGCGUUAACCUUUGUAGUGCUGGUCAUUAGCAUCGUCAUCCUUUAUCUAAGGUUCGGAGCACAGGUGUUACAAGACAACUUUGUAGCAGAACUGUCCACUCACUACCAGAAUUCAGCAGAGUUCUUGUCCUUCUACGGCUUAUUGAACUUUUACCUCUACACUCUGGCCUUUGUGUACUCUCCGUCGAGGAAUGCGCUCUAUGAGUCCCAGCUUAAAGACAAUCCCGCCUUCUCCAUGCUGAAUGACUCGGAUGACGACGUCAUCUAUGGGAGUGACUAUGAAGAGAUGCCCCUGCAGAACGGCCAGGCCAUCCGGGCCAAGUACAAGGAGGAGUCGGACAGUGACUGAGCCGGCAUCGGCCAGAUCCGCCCACACCUGCUUCCCUCCAGACCCAUGUGCCGAGAAGUCUCGUUCAUAGUUGUUUACACAUUCUCAAAAGAAGACCAAAACAGAGGACAAAUUUAACGUUACGGUUAUUGUCAGGGUAGCUGCAUUUAUUUAGGAAGAGGGGGAACUGACAAAAGUUUAAACAGCCAAGUCCUUCCUACGAAGACUUCAGAUGAGCUAGGUGUGCAAUGCUGAAACAGGAAAUCGCCCAUUCUCAAUAGACAGCUACAUGCUUUCCUUCAAGAAAAAGUCACAGCUCCCACGUUCCGGGGGCCUGAUGGCCCAGGCGCCCCGCUGGCAGCUUCCCCCUUUCUUUCCCGCCUUCGCCUGGAGCUGGGAAUUCUGAUUUCUGUGCCCUUCACUCCAAGAGCAGCUGCUUCUGUGCCUGCCUGAGCCAGGCAGGCCUUCUGGGGGAAGUGGCCAGCGCCCCCUAGCCAGGCGUCUGGGAGCCUGCAGGUGGGGACUGACCAGGGGAGUGGUGGUGGUCAGGCCUUGGCCCCUGGGGGCCACCAGGGCAGGAGCUGUGGCGCUCUGAUGA